CCACACACACAUCGCCCGAAUUCGGCUUCAGAGGAUUUCACGCUAAACGACUUUUUUGUCUAGCGCGAAGCUGCAGAAAACUGAAGGGAACGAGAGGAAAAAAACAGCUGAUUCAAAACAGGAGAGGCGGAGUUGGAAAGCAGGCAAUCGGUGAAACCGGCGGCGUGAAAGACGCUGCCGUAAAGGGACGCCGGUGGUCGUAAACUGGAGAAGUGGGAGCGGAAUCCAUUGUGACGCUUCGGGGUGUUUCGGAGGAGCGGGGUUCGGGGGCGCGGGAUACUGCACACAGCACGCGCCACACGGGUCCCCUUCGCACGCGGAAUUUCGCGUGGGAUCCGGAGCAAAGCGGUUGGGAUAAACGCCGCUGUGCAGGGCCAUAUAUCCGCAGCUGGAAGAGUUUGUUUGCGAGCCUGAUCGCCGACGAUCGCUCUCUAACCAUGCAGAUAAUUUGAGGCUUUUGAGUUUUUCCUAAUGGUAUUUUUAUUAGUAUCAUCUAGCCGGAUACGCACACAAUGUAUGUGUUCACCCGUGCCGUGUUGUUACUAUGUAUUCGUUAAAGAAAGAAAGUUAUGUAUUGCAUAUCUAUUUACGAGUUUAAAGAACUGGGCAGGGAUUAACUUAGCUGCGUGUGGGUAGUUUUAUUACGCCGUGCACGACUAGCUUGGCGUUUCCAACCGAGACGGAUGGAGAGAAGAAAAGUGCGAGAGGUAGAGCCAGCGAUCUAAAGCAGCCCGCAACGCGUCCUCGCCCUCCACGCCAGAUAACCGGAGCACAGGCACGGAAAAGUGACGAGACGAAUCCAGCGCUCGGGGUAUUAAACAUGCCAGAUCUGCUCCUUCACCCAUUUCCCCGGACGCCUGCUAAGAUACCUGAUGAUUGCAAGUCUGAACUCUAAAUGGGCUCUGAAAACCAUGGCGGAGUCCUGAUCGACUGAAUGCUGUUACACUACGAAGAGGUUACAACUGAAGUUUCCCACUGGCAGCUUGCUGAAGGCCUGAGAACUCAGAUGGAUCUUCGAGCCGAUGGAGAUGUGAGCUUCUCUAUUUGCUGCCACCAUGGCCAUACAUAGAUGAUGACUGCGAUCAGGCCCCGGGGGUGAUGGACCAGUGACGUGUUGUUGCGCUUCAGCCAGAGCCCCUCCCCACGUCAGGCCAGAACAUGCUGCGUUUCUCCUCCCUGAAGCUCGGCCGACUCUACAGGUGCUUCAAGUUUCUGCUGGUUGUGGGCCUGUCCGUGGUGCUGCUGAUGAACACGCACAGCCUGCUGGCGUCCUUCCAGAGGAACGAGCUCGCCGACCGCCGCUUCAUCAACCUGAACAAGUGCCCGGCAUGUUUCGGCACCAGCUGGUGCCGCAAAUUCAUGAACGGCCAGGUGACCUUCGAGACGUGGGGCCGGCUGCGCUUCCUCGACUUCUUUAACGUCAAGAACGUCUACUUCGCCCAGUACGGCGAGCCGAGGGAGGGCACCAGGCGGAUUGUCCUCAAGCGCCUGGGUUCCAACCAGGAGCUGGCCGACAUCGACCAGAAAAUUUGCAAGCGGGCCACGGGCCGUCCGCGCUGUGACCUCAUCCAGGCCAUGUACAAGACGGAAUUCGCACGCCUCAACGGGGAUGUGAGGCUCCUCACCCCAGACGUUGUGGAGGGCUGGUCUGACCUGGUUCACUGCCCUUCCCAGAGACUCCUCGACAGGGUGGUUAGGAGGUACGCAGAGACUAAAGAUUCUGGAAGCUUCCUCCUUAAGAACCUCAAGGACACUGAACGGAUGCAGCUUCUGAUGACGCUUGCUUUCAAUCCGGAGCCCCUUGUUCUGCAGAGCUUUCCUUCUGAUGAGGGCUGGCCCUUUGCCAAAUACCUGGGGGCGUGUGGACGGAUGGUAGCGGUGAACUACGUGGGCGAGGAGCUCUGGAGCUUCUACGGCGCCCCCUGGGGGAAGCGUGUGGAUCUGGCCCGGCAGCUGAUGGAUAUCGCCGAGCAGCUCACCAACAACGACUUCGACUUCGCGCUGUAUCUCCUCGAUGUCAGCUUCGACAACUUCGCAGUGGGCCCGCGUGACGGGAAGGUCAUCAUCGUGGAUGCAGAAAAUGUCAUCGUGGCAGACAAACGUCUUAUAAGGCAAAAUAAGCCGGAGAACUACGACGUCUGGUAUGAGAGCCACUUCGAGGACUGCGACCGCGAGGCGUGCCUCUCCUUCUCCAAAGACAUCCUCUGUUCGCGCGUCACAGUCGACCACAACUAUUACGCCAUCUGUCAGAACCUUCUGUCCAGGUACGCCAAGUGGCGAGGCACCACGGGCGGCCUGCUGCACGACCCCCCCGCUGACGUGGCCAGAGAAGGGCGGCUCGAGGCCCUGCUGGACGAGUGCACCAACCCUAAGAAGCGAUAUGGUCGGUUUCGGGCUGCCAAAGAGCUGCGCGAGUUCCUCACUCAGCUUAGUGAGGUUGCUAGGUAAUGAAAGGGGAAGGCUGUGCCUCUGUGGCCACGCCCCCUUUCCUGUUAUCACCACAGCAACGGCUAACAUCAAUCAUCUUUCCUCACCACUUUCUCAGCAUUGGAAAUAGUAGGGAUUAUUAGCCGGAUGAAAACCAUUUUGCAUCAAGUUCAUGACCUUUUCUGUGGGAUUUUCUUUUCUUUGUUUGUCUAUAAAGGGGAUGGUUAUGAAGUCAUUUUUAUAAAUUUGCACUUUCCUAUCCCAUGAGGACGGGUCAUGUCACUGUAGGGCAUGUCUCUGCCCAUAUUAAUCCUACCGAGGUUGCCAUGGAUCCCAUUCUGAAAUUAACCCGCAACUACAUCUAAAUCGAUAUGAUUUUUUUUUUUUUCUGGUGCUCUCAAUUCUCCCGGAUGGCAUCCGUCCUCCUACCCAACCUGCUCCGAAGUGGCUAUGAAGCUGCUGAGAUGUGGACCCCUUUAUCCACUGUACAGUCUCCUCACUUCCCUGGUCUUCAGUCCAUCCUUUGAAUCAAAAUGUAAAAGAGGUUGGGACUUUAGGACAUUCCUUUGUAGGGUCAAUAAUAGUUUUUCUUUAAUGGGAUUUUGCGAUUGUCGUCCACAUAUUGUAAGUGUUGUGCAUAUACCAAAGAUUCUGGAUAUAUGUAAAUUGUUACCCCAUUUCUGGAGUUCCCACCACCUGAUGAAUCAUUUACACCUUCUGAAAGCUUGAUUUAAGUCUUAGUUUUAAUGUCAUAGGAGUUCUUGUCCUUAGAGGAACAGUCAGGGAAGUUGUCUUGUUUUUUUUUUUUUUUUGGUUGUUUGGAGACCUGAACUAGUAUUGAUUGAUUAAACAGGUUUACGAUGGUCCCCAACUAAGUAAUGGUUCUGAUGUUCAUACAGAGCUUUGGGGACAUGUUGGUGUGUUAAGGUAACACAUUUUUAUUGGAUUUUAUGCCCAUGGCUGAUGCUACAAAAUGGAAGUAUCAUGUCUCCACAAAUCCAGUUUCCUUGGUGAUUUGUAUGGAUUUUUUUUUCCCCCUUCACAUGCUUCUUUGUGGCGUUAAGCCAACGAAGACCCUUGGAUCAAGUGGUCUUUAUCUACGUGCCCUUUUAGAGUAACAGCCAGAAGAACGUGGUCAAGGAUCAUUAAGAUCCCCACCUCCCCCUUGAAGUAAUGGGAAGUUGAAGGGGAGGUGAUUUCUAGUUGAGAUGCAAUAAUGCUCAGUAUCAGUAUCUUGCAGUUGUCCUCUCCACUUUGGUAACAGUGUCACCCCCAAACCUGUCAGGCACCCAAAGCAACCUGAGGGUCUUGUAUGUUUGCGAGAAACUGUCCGCUUUUGUACUGUAACUUUUUUUUUUUUUUUUCAUUUCAGUCUUACGUCAGCAACGUCUGAUCUUUUUUGACUGUGCCUUUCAUUCAAAAGUUGUAUUUGCAACUUUUAGUGGGUUUAAAUAUAUUAAAAGAAUCUCUAUAUAUAA